CUGCUGUGUUGCUGAGGCAGACUAACCAGAAACAGAUCUAAGACUUGAAAACAGCAAACAAAUGUCUCCUAACGGCAGAUAGAUAAUAGUUGCAGUAUUUUAUAGUUGCAGUACUUUGUAGUUGCAGUAUUUUGUGGAAUCGUUUUUUGUUUCGACAACGAGGAUCAUAUAAAACUAUUGUUUACUUGAACUAUCGUAAAGCUAUAAAGUUUUCGAACCGUUUGGAUGGGCGGGUAAUUUGUCAGGAAAUAAAAGGGCUGGCACGUAGAGCUCAAGCUGUCACAGCACUUUUGAGGAAUCAGAGACACGUUAACUAAUUCAAGAACUCUUACAUCAGGAUUUUUAAAAUUAAACAAGGACACAAAUAAAAGAGCAGUUCUUUUGAGGAUCUUUCUGUGUUUGACAACAUAGGAGGACAGGAAACCAGCACGGAAGACCUGCAUGAAAUGUGAGAUCUCCAUGUGCGUCCAGCACCUGCAGGCCCACCUGACCACACCUGUGUUACUGCAGACCCAUCCUCUCACUGAGCCCAUGGCUAUAGAUGGAAACACUAAAUGUCCACUGCAUGGGAAGCUCCUGGAGUACUACUGUCUGGAUGAUAAGACAUGUGUUUGCGUUUCCUGUGCCAUUGAAGACCAGCACCGCCUACACAACAUGAAGACCUUCUCCACGGCCCACAAAGAGCUCCUGGAGAAGCUGAAAGCUGAGCAGGAGGCAUUAAAGGUGAAAACUGAGGAUGACAACAUGAGUCUGGAGAAGUGGGAGAAGAGUGAACGAGAGAAGCUGGCUCGCUGCAGCGUGCGCCUCACUGAGGCUGUGACUAAUCUGCGGGACAUUUCUCUGACCAGUGUCCAAAGUUCAGUUUCUGCUCGAAUGGUGUCCAUCAGAACCAGCAGGAGCAGCAUGCAGGCAGCGCAGAACGAGAAGGACACCUUUAGAUUCCUACAGAUGUACUCGCAAGUGAACCAGGAUGUGGAGAAAGCCAAGGCUGUGGAUCUGAGGAAAGGCUUGGAGCCUGGCAGCCAUCGGGACAAACUGGUUCUGGAGAUAAGACAGAACGGAGAGAAGAUGGUGGACAAAGCGUCCAACUUUUUAGAAUCAUUGUUGACCCUGGUUGAUCCUGAAAGCCACCAGGAUCUUGAUGCUUCUUCAGACCUGAUCUUUGAACACCAGACUUCCAAUUGGAGCAUGUCCCUGUCCAAAGACAGAAGGACGGUUUUCUACAACAGCUGGCUGGGUGAAUGUUCUGCCACUCUUCUAAUCCAUAGCACUCGAUCAGUUCCCAUCUAUCAGAGGUGGAUGCUCAGUCUUACCGAUGCAGCUGAUUGGAUGAUUGGUUUGUGUGAUAAACAGUCUGCAAAGAACCCAAUGAAUGGACCGGUCUAUGGACUGAGUUGUGAAGAUAACCGCCUGAGUUAUGUUACAACUAAGCAUCAUGGGGGUCCUGAUGCUUCAUUCAGUUCAUCCCCCUUUGGGACACAGACAACUAUUAACACCACAACAGGGGAGCGACUUACAGUUUGCUCCACAUUACUCACCUCUGAGAACAAGAAUGGAGAUGAGGCGGAUCAGCGACCUGAAAUGGUGGAAGUGUUUAGGAAUUUUGUGGCCUCCAGGCUCUCAUUUUUCAGCCGAAAUGGACAGUACCAGAAAGAAGAAAUAAUCACGAUUGAGACCACUCUCAACAACUGGGAGCUGGUCCCUUUUGUUCGGCUGGGGAAGGAAAAUGCCCAAAACACCUCCCAGCAGCAAUGGAAAUGUUCUUGUGGACAUUAUUCCAGGUCUUACCAGACAAGUUGCCCCAGGUGUGGACAAACGUUUAGUGGCUCGUUCAUCACAGAAGUUGUUUGUGAACUUUGUUAAAUGUUUGUAACAUAUUGAUCAUGGCUUUUAUUACUAAUCAGUGAGCAUUAAUGCAACUUGUGAUUGAUGGUUAAUAAAUGAGUUAUAAAACAAUCACAAGUUUAUGAAAUCUUUGAAUGUUUAUAACCUUUUCACUGUAGUUAAUUAUCAUCAGGUUGAUACAUCAACAUUGAUUUGCUUUGUAUGCAGCCACGUUAAAUGCAAAUAUUUCCUUAUUCUAUCAAUUCAAUCUGUCUCCAUCUAGUGGUAGCAAACACAUGUAAACAAUGUAGACACAAUGUAACACCUUUAAAAAAUAAUAAAGCCAGAGAAACGCUGA